AUGCUGAUUCUAGCCAACACCAAUCGCCAAGGUGUAAAUGGUAUGCUGGGAACACCAAAGGAUUCAAAGUGGUUACAUGGAUCAUCUUCAACAACACUUUCACAGUACGUACUGAAUUCCAACACCGUUGAUCAUGCUACUAAGCUGAUCAAUAACCAAGAAAAUGUUCGUGGAUAUAUGUUGUAUAAAUUGUUUUCUCGAAUCUGUCCUUUCAAAUUCCAUAACGAACUCACCAAAAAUUACAGUGACUUUGAUGCUAUAAAGGUCAAAGCUCUCUGUUCAAGAACGUGGGACCCAGGGACCUUGACUCCCAGCAUCUCUCAGGAAAGAAAAUGCUAUAAAGCCA